UAAAACAGCAAUGGUUAAAAAAGUUAAAUUAAAAAAAAAAACAAUAAAACACUCUAAUUUAAUUCACAAACUAUUGAGUGAUAUACUAACCAAAAAAAGAAAGAAAAAAGUCCUUGGAAGAGUAAAAAAUGAAUGGCAAGGUAAUGCAUGUUAUGUUAUCGACGAAAUACCUGGGUCAUUACGUAAUAAAUAGAUCCAAUCCACAUGCUGCUGUUUCAUGAUUCAUUCUCCCUCAAACACAAACAACAAAUUCUAUUAUUCCUCUCCAUUUGACAAGGGUGCUGUGAGAGAGAAAAAAAAUGGUGAAGGUUUGUUGCAUUGGAGCUGGGUAUGUUGGAGGACCCACCAUGGCCGUGAUUGCGUUGAAGUGUCCUAAGGUUGUGGUAACUGUGGUGGAUAUAUCCUCCCAGAGAAUCAAUGGGUGGAACAGCGAUCACCUUCCGAUCUAUGAGCCGGGGCUUGAUGAUGUGGUGAAGCAGUGCAGGGGGAAGAAUCUGUUCUUCAGCACCGAUGUGGAGAAGCAUGUCUCAGAGGCUGAUAUAGUGUUUGUGUCGGUGAACACCCCAACAAAAACUCAUGGUCUUGGAGCUGGCAAAGCAGCUGAUUUGACAUACUGGGAGAGUGCUGCGAGGAUGAUUGCUGAUGUUUCAAAAUCAGAUAAGAUUGUGGUUGAAAAAUCCACGGUCCCUGUGAAGACAGCAGAGGCAAUUGAGAGGAUCCUGACUCACAACAACAAAGGCAUCAAUUUCACCAUUCUCUCGAACCCAGAAUUUCUUGCUGAGGGCACAGCAAUUGAAGACCUAUUCAAACCAGAUAGAGUCCUAAUUGGAGGGAGGGAGACCCCGGAUGGGCAAAAGGCCAUACAAACUCUGAAAGAAGUGUAUGCAAAUUGGGUACCUGAGGAGAAAAUCCUGUGCACCAAUUUGUGGUCUGCCGAGCUCUCAAAGCUUGCUGCCAAUGCCUUUCUGGCACAGAGAAUCUCUUCUGUGAAUGCCAUGUCAGCACUCUGUGAGGCAACCGGUGCUGAUGUGGCACAGGUGUCCCACUCCAUUGGGACAGACUCAAGGAUUGGUCCAAAGUUCUUGAAUGCCAGUGUUGGUUUUGGUGGGUCUUGCUUCCAGAAGGACAUAAUGAACUUGGUGUAUAUCUGUGAGUGCAAUGGGCUUCCUGAGGUGGCAAAUUACUGGAAGCAAGUGGUUAAGGUGAAUGACUACCAAAAGACAAGGUUUGUGAACCGUGUUGUGUCCUCAAUGUUCAACACAAUUUCAAACAAGAAGAUUGCAAUUCUUGGUUUUUCUUUCAAGAAGGACACAGGUGACACUAGGGAGACCCCAGCAAUUGAUGUGUGCAAGGGGCUAUUGGGAGACAAGGCCAAGUUGAGUAUAUAUGAUCCUCAGGUCACUGAAGACCAGAUCACAAAGGACCUUUCGAUGAGGAAGUUUGAUAAGGACCAUCCUGCUCAUCUUCAACCUCCAAGCCCCACUUCCAUAAAGCAAGUAUCUGUGGUUUGGGAUGCUUAUGAGGCUGUCAAGGAUUCACAUGGUCUUUGCAUUCUCACUGAGUGGGAUGAGUUCAAGAAGCUUGAUUACCAGAAAGUUUAUGACAGCAUGCAAAAACCAGCAUUUAUAUUUGAUGGCAGGAAUGUUGUGAAUGUGAAAAAGGUCAGGGAAAUUGGCUUUAUAGUUUACUCCAUUGGCAAGCCACUAGAUCCAUGGCUCAAGGACAUGCCUGCAGUGGUGGCUUAAAAGGAGAAACACACUUUCUCCAGACAAUGCAUGCCAUCCCAUUCUUUUUCUUAUAAUUGCAUUUUUCUUCCACUUGUUUAUUUCUUUAUACUUGAUUCUGUGGUUUUAGCUAGGUAAAACUUCCUAAUUUCUUGGCAUGCCUUUAUCUAAUAAACUAGCAUGGAGCCCUGAUUCUUGCA